UGGCCACAUGACGUGCUCAUCAAAACAGAGAUCAGCCCCCGUCUUCUCGCGUACCAUUGAUUAACAAGCAAAAAGGGGGGAAACAAUAGUAGGGAUGUAGGAUUCACUCGAUGGGAAUUGGUUCUUCUGAUUCUCAACCAAGCAUCGGCUCUUCGGACCGACACUUUCGCGCAUGACACAUCACGACUGGGAUCCAGUACCGGGGCAGAGAUCGAUCCUUCAGCGCAGACUGCAGGAUAUCACCUGGAAACCUGAGAUAAAGUUACGCAGAAUAGCAACUCAGGAACCAGGGAUAGGAACUCCAGUCUCGAACAGGAGGAACCAGAACCAAAGAGUGACCAGCUCCUCUCUCACAACUCUCCUCUCCAAGAUGAACCUCCCACAGCAACAUAUCUACAAGGAGGAGAACGUUUUCACUGAGCAGCAGCUCUGUAACAAGGAGAGGAACUCCAGCCUGGACCAGGAGGAACAACUGCCAGAUAUGAGAGAGGAACAGGAGGAAUCAGAACCUCCACAGAUUAAAGUCGAAUGGGAGGGUUCAGAACCUGUGCAGAUUAAAGAGGAACCAGAAGAACCAGAACUUUCACAGAUUAAAGAGGAAUAUGAGGAACCAGAACCUUCACAGAUUAAAGAGGAAGAAGAAGAACUCUGCAGCAGUCAGUGGCCAGAACAUCUUAUAGUGAAGCAGGAGAUUGAUUUCUUUAUGGAGACUCCUGCUGACGAAGAAAGUGAGCACAGUGAACCAGAACCACACAGUGACCAGCUCGUCUGUCACAACUCUGCUGUAGCUGAGAGUCCAGAUCAGGGAGGAAGCAACCAUGUAGACUCAGAUUCAACUAGAAUUUCAGAGCUGAAACCAAAGAAGAGACGUCACAGAGACACAAGCCACAGCAACAAUGUAGACAACUCUCCCAUAUCAGAGAGUCAGUGUGAUACUGACACAGGUAAAAAGUACAUAACAUGUGACGUCUGUGGAAAAGUCUUCAACAAAAAGUCCAAUAUGAAAAGGCAUUACAGAAUCCACACUGGUGAGAAGCCAUAUUGUUGUACAAUGUGUGAUAAAACCUUCAGACAUAGCAGUAAUUUGACUGUGCACAUGAGGAUUCAUACAGAUGAGAAACCAUACCUUUGUAAAACAUGUGGUAAAACCUUUAGUGAAAGUGCUGCUUUAGUUAUCCACAGGAGCACUCACACAGCUGAGAAGCUGCAUUGUUGUAACAUAUGUGGGAAAAACUUCAGACAAAGUAGUGCUUUAACUAGGCAUAUGAGAACUCAUACAGGUGAGAAGCCACAUUGUUGUGACACUUGUGGUAAAGCGUUCAGUCGAAGUUGUGCCUUAACAAUCCACAUGAGGACGCACGCAGGUGAGAAACCAUACCUUUGCAAAAUAUGUAGUAAAACCUUCACUCAAAGACCUAAUUUAAUUAUCCACAUGAGGACUCACACAGAUGAGAAGCCGCUUUUUUGUGACACAUGUGGUAAAAUCUUCAGUCAAAGAGCAAAUUUAAUUAUCCACAUGAGAACUCACACAAAUGAACAGGCACUUUUUUGUGACACAUGUGGUAAAACCUUCAUUCAAAGUACUCAUUUAAACAAACACAUGAGGACUCACACAGGUGAGAAGCCGCAUUGUUGUGACACGUGUGGUAAAGCCUUUAGUCAACGUUGUGAUUUAACAAUUCACAUGAGGACUCACACUGGUGAGAAACCGUACCUUUGCAAAACAUGCGGCAAAACCUUCAGUCAAAGACAGAAUUUAAUGGUCCACAUGAGGACUCACACAGGUGAGAAGCCGCAUUUUUGUGACAUUUGUGGUAAAACCUUCAAUCAAAGUACUCAUUUAACUAAGCACAUGAGGACUCACACAGGCGAGAAGCCAUAUUCUUGUGACACAUGUGGUAAAACCUUCAUUCAAAGUACUCAUUUAAGGAAGCACAUGAAGACUCACGCAGGUGACGAGUCGUCAUCCUGAAACAUCUGUGGGAAACAAAUCUCUGAAAAAUAACGUGUAUGAUCAGGUUAAUCUUUGUAGCAGAUAUCUGAUUGGAUUGUUUUCUGAGAUGAGUUGAAACAAAGUUUUUCUUUCAGACACAACAUUCAACAAAAAUGACCCACUCACAUUAAGCAUAAAAAUAUUGAACCUGGACUUUGAAAUGAUCGAAGGAGACAUCUCCCUUGUUUGGGACUACCAUCUAACUGACACUUGAGUUUUCAAAAGUAUUCAUAGAGGGCCACUUUAUAACCAGGAACCACAGGACAAGGAGAAGAUAAGACAACCAGACUGUGUUUUAAUGGCAAUAACUGAAAGAACAAAAUGAUUCUUUAAGAGACUGUUCUACCAUGUAUAGAAAUUGAUGUAAAUUAAUAUAUCACUGUGAUUAAAUCCUCUUAUUCCCAAAUUUGACCAAAAAAUCAUAAUUUGUAUCAUUUACUCUUGUUUGUCUCUCUGUCUCAAACGCAAACCUUCCUCUCUGUCCCCUCAACUUGAGAUAAACCACUCUGGUGCCAGUUAUCAACUGAGAACACAUCCCUGCAGGGACACUAGUUUCGUUCUCAAGAAAUUCUACAAGUCUAGUUGCCUUUAUUCGACACCUUUUGGAUUCCCAUGACCUGGAAUUUCAACUCACAUCUUAAAAUGCAUAUUUGAAUUGUUUAAAUGUUUUUUUGUUUGUUUGUUUGUUUGUUUUUUAACCCCAAGUUAUAGUCUGCAUCGGUUGUUUUGGUGAAUUUUGGUGGAAAUCCUGUCUUUAUUUGUCACAGUCAGUAAGUUCUAGCAACUAAAGUAGUUAUGACCCUUUUACUCGCUUUCACCAGCAGCAAUUAUUCAAUUAUCAGGGCAACAAGAAAAAUGUUUACACUCUGAAUAUAUGACAUUUAAAAACUUCACUAAAGAAA